AAGCAUGCGCUUGUACCCUGAGCACCAUCGGAAGAAAUCGCUCUUCGUCGAGCGUUCGAUCGUCGCCCGAGCCGAUUUAGACCUGCAGCUUCUCGAUCUUUUCGAUUCUUUUUUGCUCCUGCUGUUCCACGUGUACCAUGCGGACUCUGGAGUUGUGCGUUUUCACUUUCUGGCUUUGCCUGCACGUCUCUGUCCACGCAUUUCAGCAUGUUCCGUACAGAGACGCCUAUCCAUUUGCCGACAGUGAUAUGGUAGAAGUAUCGGACAGGAUAAUAUUCCCAGGAACAUUAUGGUGCGGAAACGGUAACAUAGCAAAUGGAACGAACCAAUUAGGGUCAUGGAAGGAAACGGACGCAUGUUGCCGAACUCACGAUAUGUGUCCCGACCUAAUCGAGGCUCACGGCUCUAAACACGGACUAACUAAUUCCGCUGAUUAUACGAGGUUAAGCUGCGAGUGUGACGAAGAGUUCCGCCGUUGUCUUCACAAUUCGGGGGACACCGUUAGUGCCGGGCUUGUAGGAAGAACUUAUUUCACCGUCUUAAGAACGCAAUGCUUCCGAUUGGAUUAUCCUAUCGUGAAAUGCAAAGUCAAAUCCACCAUCUUAAGACGUUGCAAGGAGUACGAGUUCGAUACAACUGCCCCGAAGAAGUACCAGUGGUUCGACGUACUUCAGUACUAAGGAAAAUGCAACAGACCUAAAAUAUUAUAUUGUAACGAUAUUUUACCUAAACUUGUAAUAAAGUUGCAGAUUGGCCGCAUAAAAAUAAAUAUCCCACCCUAUCAAACUUA